UAGAACGGAGAUCUGCCAUCUUUACUAACCAUUUCGUUUGCUUCGCACGCAAAACGGAGCAACUGGCGUGAAAAUAGUCUCGAUUUGUUUUAAUUUGCGUUUCGGAGCUCGGUUCAAGCGAUUCUGGAAGUUAGUCACUCAAUCUAGGGUGCGGAAAAGAAAAGAUCCGGAACUAAGUGUUACAUUUACGCAGUGGUAAUUCGAGAGAAAAGUUUGGCCAGUUACCCGUGGCCACGAACGCGUUCCGAUUGGUGAUUGGACCGCGGGCUUCUGGAUUCUCUUUGUUCCCGCCUAAGGGGUUUGGAUUUUUGGUAGAAAAAACCUGCUAUUGCGUGGAAUUCAAGUGACAGAACGAACAAAAUCCAGUGUACAAAGAUUGUUGUUGGCUUCACUUUUGCGAUCAGAUCGUAAAAUCGAUCCGUGCUAGCUGAGUGGUUGUGGUGGAAACAGUGGUGUAGUGGGCAAGGCGUGUACAUUUUAGAGUGCGAAAAUGUCGUUCAAACAGCGAAAUGUAGCCAUGAUGGGUUAUCGGUCCGUAGGAAAAUCUUCGCUCAGCAUACAGUUCGUCGAAGGUCAAUUCGUUGAUUCCUAUGAUCCAACGAUCGAAAACACAUUCACGAAAAAGACGCGCAUCCAAUCACUGGACUACGAAAUUCGAUUGGUAGACACGGCCGGUCAGGAUGAGUACAGCAUUUUCCCCGCCCAGUACAGCAUGGACUUUCACGGCUACGUGCUCGUUUACUCCAUCACCAGCCAGCGGUCUUUCGAAGUGAUAAAAAUUCUCUACGAUAAGCUACUCGAUAUAAUGGGGAAGGCAUACGUUCCGGUCGUGCUUGUGGGGAACAAAACGGACCUGCAUCAGGAGCGCACCGUACCGACGGAGGACGGGCGCCGUCUGGCCGACUCGUGGAAGGCACAAUUUUUGGAGACCUCCGCCAAGCAGAAUGAAUCUGUUGCCGACAUCUUCUCGCUGCUGAUUAAUCAAAUUGAAAAGGAAAACGGUAACACGGCGGAGAAAAGUAGCUGCAGGAUUUCGUGAGCAGCUCAUUGUUGGCUGACUUUGGUAGGCGCCAUUCGAUGCUGGGGGUUGCAGUGGCGGGGCGGUGGUAAGAGGCCAGUCAACGGUGGCGGAUGAUUGGUGAUGGAGAUGCGUUUCCCCCAUGGCACCUGCAUGAACUGCUGCGUUCUUCAUUCGACAAAGUACACAAUAUCACAACACACCCACCAGUAAACAACAAGAGAAGCCGAAAUGUUCCAGUGCAAGCACCUAUACGACCAUUCUGCGGAUAUUGCCACUUCAAAGAAAUACUCAUCACAAACUUUGUACUUUAUUCUAAGCGCGAGGGCGCGCGGCCUUCUGGAGUGGUAAUGGAGGAGGGACUGAUGGAAUGAGCCGGAGAAAAGGUUUAAAAGCACACAAAAUCAAUAGCAAUUGGGUAUGGAAAGUAAUAGCAAUUAGUGUAGCAAUGUUUACCGAACUUAUGCUAAUAUGGGAAAAAAUUGGAAUAACCCUGGAAAAUAUCUACGAACGCGAAUGACCGUGGCGUUGGAUUCGGAACUUCCUAACAACUUCGGUGUUGGCCGGUUCAGUGUGUCGCGCAAACCCUCUUCCUUUUCUAAUCCGCACUGGAGGGCCACACGAAGCGAAAAUAAACGAUUUGACAUUAAUCUUUAACGUCAAAUCGUUUACGAGUGGGCGGAUUCAUGUACGAUUUGACACUUUUACGCUCGGAUUUACGGUUCGUCUGGCCCUCCAGGGACGCACAACGAUUGAAGAUUCCUGUGAAGGCCACCUUUAGCGCAUAGAUCAAAUACGGCUCUGAAUAGAGACAGAAUAAGUGUGCGGGUUUAAUAGUGAGACUGAGGUUGACAACAGUUUCUGAUCCGCAACAGACACGUGACGGAGAGAGCAGAAUGGAAUUAUAUUUAACUGUGGGCGUUCGCAUGUUUUAGUUUUAAUUCAGUUGUACUAUAUUGUUUGAUUUUAAGCAGAGCCCAAUAUGUCUACCUUUCAAUCCCCCCUAUUUUGAAACUUGAACUCGAAACUCGAUCGUUAGAGUGAACACAGUGAGACAAAAAGCAGAAUGCAGCAAGAUAGAAGGCAGAAAGAUUAACCUGUACAAAAUGAACUCGAACGUUCGAGGAAACUGUUUUGUUCGAGUUCGAGUUUGGUAAUAGGGGGGAAUGUUGAUAUGAUCUAUGGAUGAUGAAAUAUCUUUUCUGGAAAAACAGCGGUCAGCGAUCGACCGAUCGACAUCCAGAGCUUAAUGGUGAAAAGGGUAGGAUGUACAACAGACAAAGAUGGGAGCCACAUUUUUCUUCCUAUUCCACUCACUCAGCAUAAGCCACCAUUCGGAGGGCAUUUUGUAAUGCGCGACUGUAUAGGCAAUCCUUACGUUAUAGCCAAAUUUGGCACUUUCGGAAAACGAUCGAAUUAAAAUCAUUAAGGGUAGUGUCAUGAAACGACGCAACCCCACGAAUGAAGCGGUUGGAAUUCAUACGUCCAUACGUGUUGGCUUUCCGCUUCCUGUACGAUCUGGACCAGAAGAGGAGCAAAACUGAUACACCGAUAACAAUGACUUUGUGAUUCGCCAGUUGUCUUACAAGCAAGUGCUGAAAUUAGCGUAACCAAUAGUGGCAGUUACCGAACGGCGUGAAAGUAGUUCGGGAACACUCUUCCGAACAAUCCUGAACAAACACAAAGCUCUAUAAUUACCUUACGCAAAGCUCCCUUAUUAGGUAUAUGGACAGUUGAACGUUUGAAGAGGGUGGACACUCUGUAAUACUACAUUCAAUACUAUAUACUUGUUUAGGUAUGAACUGUAUUUUUCAAUCUUUUAUUUGCCAUCUUUUCAAUUUCGCGUAACUCCAAGCCAUCCCUUUAGUUUAUUUCUCUAUGACUGCAGCUGAGUGGCUGUAAAGAGCAAAGAAAUCACAUUUGGUAUUAAUACGAUUGAUUUCAAAACUGAAUUUUUCCACAGAACAGCCCAGUUUUCGAAGAGAACAAACCAGCACAGCACGGAGGUGUAAGGAUACAGGAAUGACGAAAACACCUUUAGAAGAAAAGAAAAACUAAGAAAAAUUGUAAACCAGCCGGUAUGCUGUAUAUUAACGGCAAAUAAAAGAAAUACAAAAACAUGGCUUGUAGAGGACACGGAAAACAGCUUGUCUUU